AUGGACAAUCAAGAUCUCAAUUUACAGUAUCAGAGCAGGAAAGUCCCUCCACCAAAUAUGGUUCCUCCAUCUCAACCUACAUCACAACAUCAACAACAGUUAACACCACACGCUCCAAGUGGAAGACCCGCAACCCCUAGGAUGUUAAGGAGUAUAAGUGGGACUUUAAAAUCCAAAACUGAACUUAAUAAUUCAUCCCGUGAACGAACUCAAGAUUAUAAUAAUGGGGCCAACAAUACCAAUUCACCUCAUUACGUCACCAACAAUACUAUGGAUACGCAUAAGAGACAACCAAGUUUUCCACAACAAACCUCUACUCCAGUUACACAAGAUCAAAGAAAUAUCAAAGUACAGGCACCUACUGCUGUACCUGCAGACCAGCAGCAACAAAAGGGAAAGUUAUUGCCACCAGCAUCGAUCCCAAGUCCUUCUAGCCAGAUGCAUCCUGCUCCAACUCCAACUGGAGUCUCUCAGACGACAAAUUUAUCGUCCAGACAAAAACAAUCUGCACCACUGCCUGCUUCCAAUCAAUCGGCCUCACAUAAUCAUACCACCUCCAGCAGUAACAGUAAUAGUCAUGCUCAGCACCACCACCACCAUCAUCAUCAACAACAACAGCAGCAGGAGCAGCAGCAUCAACAACAACAACUGCAACAACUGGGUCAUGGAUCUCUGCAACAACAGCAAUUUCACAGAAAGUCUAUCGGUGAUUGGGAUUUUGUUAAGACCAUUGGUGCAGGGUCUAUGGGUAAAGUCAAGCUUGCACAACACAAUACGACUCAUGAGAUCUGUGCUGUGAAGAUUAUACCAAGAGCAGCAAAAUUGUAUCAAAGAGCUCAUGCAAAUGAUCCUCCUCCACAAACAACACAGGAAGCAGCACAAAGACAUAAGGAAUUCGAAAAAGAAGUGGCCAGAGACAAACGUACCAUCCGUGAAGGUGCGUUGGGUAGAUUGUUGUACCACCCAUUUAUUUGUCGAUUGUAUGAAAUGGUACCUAUGACCAAUCAUUAUUAUAUGUUGUUUGAGUAUAUCGAAGGUGGGCAGAUGUUGGAUUAUAUUGUUGCACAUGGAUCAUUGAAAGAACGCCAUGCUAGAAAAUUUGCAAGAGGUAUAGCUUCUGCCUUAGAUUACUGUCAUAGAAAUAAUGUGGUUCAUCGAGACUUGAAAAUUGAAAAUAUAAUGAUUAAUGAGAAAGGAGACAUCAAGAUUAUUGAUUUUGGUUUAUCCAACUUGUAUUCACCAAGAAAUUUAUUAAAAACCUAUUGUGGUUCUUUGUAUUUUGCUGCACCAGAAUUGUUAAGUGCCAAACCAUAUAUUGGACCCGAAGUUGAUGUGUGGUCAUUUGGUGUGGUUCUUUACGUGUUGGUUUGUGGUAAAGUACCUUUUGAUGAUCAAUCUGUCUCUAUACUUCAUGAGAAGAUCAAAAAGGGUAAUGUUGAGUAUCCAAGUUUUCUUUCACGUGAAUGUGUUUCAUUGCUUUCGAAAAUGUUGGUUGUUGAUCCAACAAAGAGAGCCAGUCUAUAUGAAGUUUGUCUGCAUCCGUGGAUGAACAAAGGAUAUGAUCAUCGAGUCAAUAAUUAUCUCCCAAAGAGAGAGCCAUUGCGUUUUCCAUUAGAUCCAGAGAUUAUCAAGGUUAUUGCCAAUUAUGAGUUAGGUACUGUCCAAGGUGUAACCGAUGAAUUAACAGCCAUUUUGAAUAGUGUUGAAUACCAAAUGAGUUGUGAAAAUUGGUAUAAAGCGGCAGAACAAGGAAGAGAUUAUUACUCUUCAUCGAAUGUUCACAUUUUGCCGGACCCAACAGGAGGAUUCCAUCCAUUGGUUUCGAUUUAUUAUUUGGUAGAUGAAAUGAGAAAGAGAAAGAAAGCUAAAGAGGAAGCUAUCAGAGCACAGCAAAGAGCACAAGUUCCAACUAUUGCACUUCCUGUUCCAAGACAGCAACAACAACAACAACAACAACAACAACCACAGCAAACUCAAUCGCCCCAACAAGAAAUGGUGCAACAGCUUGCUAAACAAGAACCAGUUCGUCCACCUUCACAACCACAGACAAUUGCAUCUAAUGAUGAUCAUCAUGAAGUCACUGAAGCCACCCAGGUUGCUGUUUUGGCUCAAAUCAGUCCAGCCAAUACUCAACAAAAUACACCAACACCAAGAAUUGUCGAGACUUUCCCAACCUUGGAUCCUGCUAAGCAACAGGCAUCAGGACAAGGAGAUGCAUCUGCUAGUAUUCCUACACCACCACCAGCAUCGAUUCCGGUUCCAGAACAAGCCCAUACAUCAUCGGGACCAUCUUCAUUCAACCAAACCCAAACAGCAGUCAAUGAUACUGAUAGAUUGUCUAUUCCAGACCAACAAAGUCCAAGAAGUAACACGCCAAUGGAAACAUUGGAUCCAGCCAAGGCUAAUACUGCGGGUGCAACUACUAAUACUGGUGCAGCCGGUGGUACAGUUGGUGGUGCUGCUGGUUUUAACUCCUUGUUGAGAAGAUUAUCUUCAAAGAAAUAUAAGGGUACUACAUCUCCAAAGAAAGCAGAAUCUCCUCUGGCAAGUGCUGUCCCUGUUGAUGUUGAUAGACUUUCUCCUCAAGUUUCGAUCAAGGCAGAUCCAAUGAUUCGUCGUGGUGUUAGUAUGAAGGUUACUGCCAAGGAGAAGCAAACUGGUAUAAGGUCCUCCGCAAACACACCAGCUACUACAACUGUCAAUUCGUCUGCAGCCGCUAGAAAUGAUAGUAUUAAAAGAAAAACUCAACAUGGACGUUCUGCAUCUACAUCACUUAAAUAUCAAGCAUUUGUACCAGUCGAACAGUUGCCACCAUUGCCCACUAUUGACACCAACACCAACACAAUCAUUCCAGAUAAUAACAAACAGCAACAGCCAGCAGCACAGCAACCACAAAGUACCUUUUUAUCACCUACUGGUGAACGUAAGAUGCAUCCUACUGCUAGAGCCAAAUCUGUUGGUGGACAUAUUCGUAAGGAUUCAUAUGGCCGUACUGCUGCUGUUGCACAAGGACGACCAUUACCUAAUUCAAUGGCUAAUCAAAAUAGUGAUGAAGUUGUUAGUAAGGAUACGGAUGGAUUCUUUGAUGAUGUCCAGUUGGAUGAUGUUGAUUAUCAAGAAGUUCCUCACCUUACAGAAGCUCAAAUUAUGGAUCAAUACAAUCAUGCUAAACCAAAUAGCAUGCCAUCAAUUGAGCAUUGCAAGACAUUAUUCUUGAAAGGGUUUUUCAGUGUGCAAACCACAUCUUCUAAACCAUUACCCGUAAUCAGAUAUAACAUUAUUAAUGUUUUGAGUAAGUUGGGUGUUAAAUUCCAAGAAGUAAAAGGUGGAUUUGUUUGUGUACAUACCCCAUCUGUACAAGCUGAAUCAAAUACUUCAGCCAAUAGUACUGUGCUUGAUGAAGAACAUAAAUUGUAUGGAGAUGCUUUUAAGUCUAAGUCAAGUCAAGAAUUGUAUGAUGAACAAUUGACUGUUUCUGAAGGUACCAAGACUCCAAGUAGGCAACCAUCGUUACAACUUCAGACUCAAUUCCCAAUGUCUCCAACAGCAGCCAAAUCCCAUAGAUCUACCAAUUCUAUUGGAAGCACUGGGGCUGGUAGUACAAGUGCUGGUGGUGCUGGUAGCACUACACCGGGUGCUCCAAGACGUAAAUUUUCCAUUGGUAAUGCAUUUAAUACUUACCGUAAGAAGAAUGGAUCACAAGUAUUGAUGCCGCCAAACACACCAGCUACGGCAAAGGUUUUACAUGGAUUGUAUGAUGAUGAUGAUGAUAACGAAGAUGAAGAAGGCGUUGAAGCUGAAGGAGAUGAUUAUGAAUAUGAUGAUUCUGCAGAUUCACUUAAUGGAUAUGUUGGAGGAAGUGAUAUGUUGAUUUCUUCAAGAAUUGAGCAACGUGCCAAGCAUCAAAGAACAGUUAGUACAUCAAGUCAACAUAAUAAGAUGGCUAGUAAAUCACCAUUGAAAUUUGAAAUUCAUAUUGUUAAGGUUCCAUUGGUUGGAUUAUAUGGGGUUCAAUUCAAGAAACUUUUAGGUAACACUUGGAACUAUAAAACAUUGGCUAGUCAAAUAUUGAAUGAAAUGAAUUUAUGA